AUGCUUGUAACUCCUAGUCUUCUAUCUGCAGCAAAAGCAGUAUAUAGUGUGUCCUUAAUUCGUGCUGCAUCCGCUUUUUUUUCCUUGGUCAAUUGUUUGAUACAAUGCAAACUCCUUCCAGUGAAACAGAUCAGUGAAGAAGCUGUUACGAGGAAAUUUGUCCAUGAAGAGAGUAGCAGUAUCACAUCUUUAUGUGGUGCUGUAGAAGCUUGUCUGUUGCAUGGUUUGAAGAAGCGUGCACUUGGACUAUUCAAACAUGGAACAACUACUGCACUCCUUCAGAAACUCUCAAAGCAUUAUGAACCGGCUGGGCAGGUUCUUAAGAUCGUUAAUGAGAUUGAGACCAAUAACGACCCUACCCGUUUUUCAAAGUUGUUUCAACAUGGUGUCAUCCAACACAAACACAACAAUAGCAGGCCACCAACCAUCUACGAGGAGGACACCAACCUCAACAGGGUGGAAUAUCCCACCUCAAGUACGGAAUCUACUAAGUCGCCAAGCAAGGGAACUAGCUACAGCAUGUUGGUCCUCCAACGUGUCUUCGAGGCCUUCCCAUAUCUAAAGUCCCUGGAUAGUGGAAAAGCUCAACCCAAGAAAACUCUCCCUUCUUACAGUCCUAAGUACCUGUGGUUAAGAAUUGCUAUAUUUGAAAAGCAACUUGCCAAAAUAUUGGAUUAUCUUGUGCAGAAUAACAGCAAAUACUAUGAAGCAGAUGCACUCAUUGCUGACCCAGUGGAUGGACCAAUCCUUGCGUCCCUACUUGUUGGGCCAUGUGCCUUGGACUAUACUAAAAUGAAAACCACAGAUCACUUUUGGACUGAUCCUCCUGCUGAUGAAUUGGUCCAAAGACACCGCAUUCACAGUGGUGCCACCCAUCAUUUGGCUGGGCCCGGCUCUCCCAAGAGACCAGGACUUCAACAAGUUCGACGACACACAAGUUCGAGCAGUGAAGAAAGUAUGAAAGGGCAACAUAUUUCAGCUAAGGAAUAUGUUGAAUCACUGCACCAAAAUUCCAAGAAUACUCUUCUCUAUGGCAAGAAUAAUGUUUUGGUUCAACCUAAAGAAGAUGUUGAAGCCCUUCCUGGAUACCUGUCUCUUCACCAGUCUGCUGAAGGUCUCACUAUCAAGUGGACCCCCAAUCAGUUAAUGAAUGGAUGUUAUGAAGACAAAGAAGAUGACUUUGACCGAAGGUCCAUCUACAAACGCUAUUACCAGCCUCCUGAGGUCAGCAACAUUCUCUACUGGGAUUAUGCCUUGACUAUUUAUGUUGAUGAAAUUGUCUACAUCCAUUGUCAUCAACAGCCUGAUUGUGGUGGCACUAUCGUGUUGGUUGGUCAAGAUGGUGUUCAAAGACCGCCUAUUCAUUUUCCCAAAGGUGGACAUCUAUUGGCAUUUUUAUCCUGUCUGGAAAAUGGUCUCUUACCUCAUGGGCAGCUUGAUCCGCCUCUUUGGUCACAACGUGGAAAAGGGAAAGUCUUUCCAAAGAUGCGACGUAAAGGCAACAAAAUUCCUACCAAAGAAGGCAGCACCAGCAGCUCCAGCACUGAUGAGGAAGAAGCCACAGACUAUGUAUUCCGUAUUGUGGCAACAUUCAAGCCAGAUAAUAUACCUCCAGAAAUGUUGGAUCCCAAGUUAAAUGUGAAGAUGGACAAUUUCCCAUGGCCAUUUCAAAAUGUUGACCCAAUCCCACCUUCUCAAUCAACCAUGCAGUCAUAUGCUCGUGCACAGGAAGAACAAAACAAUUCUUGCCUCUCUCGAGUGGCAGCCAAUCACAGCAGAGCCACAAUCAAACAGCUGUGUGAUACAAUGAAGAAUCAAAUCAUAUCACGAGCCUUUUAUGGAUGGUUGGCACACUGUCGUCAUUUGAAGACUGUGCGUACACACUUGUCUGGCUUGGUUCACCAUAGCAUUGUCUCACCUACCCACCCUUGUAAUGCCAACCUGGGACUUACUCCUGAGAAAUGGCAAGAAAUCUGCCAAGAUGGAAAGAUUGCUAAUCCAGAUGAAUUGUAUCGCUUAGUUUAUUAUGGUGGUGUUACUCAUGAAAUUCGGAAAGAGGUCUGGCCAUAUUUGUUAGACUCGUCCCACCCUGAAACGCUCCCUGAAGAGAGUUCAACUGCAGGUACAACCCCAACUGCUGAACGCAAAUGGAGCAGCCGUGAGAUUUACAACUAUGCCCCAAAAGCAGACCAUGACACUCAAACGGAAGUCGACAAUGCAGAGCAUUGUGACAGUGAGGGCAACGACGUCCCUGACAGCAGCCCCGACGAUGGUCUUGGGGAUUCCAUAGCUCGCCCGGGGUCUCUCCCAGAUCGUUCCAAGCUGGAUUCUGCUGGGGAUUCAGAAAGCACCGAUGCUUCCAAGCUGACGCAUGAUGGCAGCUUGGAUCGAGAUCGUGGUAUAAUUGUGACAAAAACGUCCAUCGACAGUGCUGGCGUGGAUGAUGAUCUUAGCGGAGGGGAGUCUGGUGAGGCUCAGCGACUUAGCCAAAGCCAGGAUCUGAAUGAGGUUCCUGAAGAUGAAGAACCAAAUGACAAAAAAAAUGACAAUAUGACUAAUUCUACAGGAUCUGAAAAUGCUCGUCAUUUAUCUGCAUCAAAGGAAAGUCUCAUUUCCCCUGCUUCCCCAGCCUCAAAUGGAGGCAUUUACUCUCCUGAACUGCUUGAUAAUGUUGCCCUUAACCUCCACCGCAUUGACAAGGAUGUGCAGCGGUGUGACCGUAAUUACUGGUAUUUCACCCCCGCCAACCUGGAUAAGUUAAGGAACAUUAUGUGCACGUAUGUUUGGGAGCAUCUGGACAUUGGUUAUGUACAAGGAAUGUGUGACCUUGUUGCUCCCUUGUUGGUUAUCUUUGAUGAUGAGGCUCUUACAUACAGUUGUUUCUGUGAAUUAAUGAAGCGGAUGGCUUAUAACUUUCCUCAUGGUGGAGCCAUGGAUAACCACUUUGCAAAUAUGCGCUCUUUGAUACAGAUUCUUGAUUCUGAAUUAUUUGAGCAUAUGCACCAGAAUGGAGACUAUACUCAUUUCUACUUUUGUUACCGAUGGUUCCUCUUGGAUUUUAAAAGAGAAUUGGUUUAUGAUGAUGUGUUCUGUGUAUGGGAGACAAUUUGGGCUGCAAAACACAUCAGCUCAGCACACUUUGUUCUCUUCAUUGCUCUGGCCUUAGUUGAGUACUAUCGUGACAUUAUCCUUGACAACAACAUGGACUUUACUGAUAUCAUUAAAUUUUUCAAUGAAAUGGCAGAACGGCACAAUGCUAAGCAAGUGCUGAAAAUUAGUCGAGAAUUGGUCCUUCGGAUACAGACUUUGAUCGAAAACAAAUAA